GCUACCUCUCCUGGCUAUUGUUCUUGUGCAUGAACUAUCUAUCACUCGCUGAAAGCAUAUCGAAAGCACACUGCUUCGAUCGAAUUGGCUGGGUAGGAACAAAAUCAACACGAAACUAACCUGUCGAAGUCGCCGGCCGGUUAAGCUUCAUGGCUUCUCGAGCUGGUUUUGCAGAGGAAUUAAGAGCAUUUUUGGAUUUGAUGGACGGGAGGGAAGUGGAGCAGGCUUAAAUUGGGGUUGCAAGGGAGGAGGGCCGUUAGCUGAAGGAACGAACAGUCCGAACCAUGCUUCCUGAGGCGACUCAGCGCCACAACCACCGUUCCAAAUGAGACAGGCAAAGCCUGACCAAAAUGACAAAAGAGGGGUGGUCACAGACAGAGGGAGACAGAGAAAUGUUCUCGAUAGGAUCUGUAGAUGAUGAAGAAGAAGGAGGAUCGAUCAUAAAAGAUGAAACGAAGAUCAUAAUAAUUAUUCAUAUUAUUUUUAAUUUGUGUUAAUUACAUUACAUCGAUUAAUAAUAAAUAUAAUAAGACAGGUUGGUUUAAUUUGUGAGUCAAUAGAGUUUGAUUCGCGAUCGUGGGACAGGUUGACUCCCGCAGACUACUCGACGCAAGGUUGGGGGGCGGCGGAAGAGAAAGCGACAAGCGGCAAGAGAGUCGAGAGGUGGUGGUGGUGGUGUCGGGAAACAUGGCGAGUGCGGCGGAAGUGAUCGUCGGUGGGUCGGCGCCGAAAACCGUACCGCUGAACUGCAUCAGUCUCUCGGAGCCUGACAUUACCAAAUCCGUUUCCCUUCUCAAGCAGGCAUGCCAAGAUUCUGGAUUUUUUUAUGUGAUUGAUCAUGGAAUUGACCAAGAUCUAAUGGAAGAAGUUUUUAGGCAGAGUCAGAAAUUUUUUGAUCUACCUUUACAUGAGAAAAUGAAAUUGCUCCAAAAUAAGAAACAUCGAGGUUAUACACCUUUUCUGGCCCAGACUUCGGAUCCUGGAAAUCAAACAAGUGGUGAUUAUAAGGAAGGAUACUAUAUUGGUAUUGAAGUACCUGAAGAUGACCUAAAUGCAGAAAAACCAUUUUAUGGGUCAAAUUUGUGGCCAACUACAGAUAUAUUACCUGGAUGGAAGGAGAUUAUGGAGCAGUAUCAUAAGGAGGCACUGAGGGUGGCAAAAGCAGUUGCUAGAAUCAUAGCCCUUGCACUUAACUUAGAUGUUGGUUUUUUUGAUAAGCCAGAAAUGCUUGGCGAGCCUAUUGCAAGUUUGCGGCUCCUACACUACGGAGGUAAAUUAUCAUAUCCUGAAAAAGGAAUAUUUGGAGCCGGAGCACAUUCUGAUUAUGGAUUAAUAACUCUAUUGGCAACUGAUGAUGUGAUGGGUCUACAAAUAUGCAAGGAUAAAGAUGCCAGGCCUCAGGUGUGGGAAUAUGUGGCACCAGUUAGUGGAGGGUUCAUUGUCAAUCUUGGCGACCUGCUAGAACGUUGGAGUAAUGGGAUUUUCAGGUCCACUAUGCACAGAGUACUUUUAGAUGGGAGGGAACGCUAUUCGAUCGCUUAUUUUGCGGAUCCUAGCCAUGAUUGUCUUAUUGAAUGCUUGCCGACUUGCAAAUCUGAGGCAGACCCCCCCAAGUUCCCUCCAGUGACUUGUGCGGCAUACAUGCUCCAAAAAUUGCAAGAUGCCUAUGCAGACGCGAGCAUAUACUCUAAACAUCAGCCUUAGAGUUUGGUCCAAUCUGAGGCAUCCUCAAAUCAGAUUGCAAAAUCUGCAUGCUGCAAAAUCUGCAACUUUAAAGUCUAAAGUUGCAAUGCCGUCUUGUCUAGACGAUGCACAAUAAUGGUAUUUGUUCUUUUCACUUCGUCAGUUCUUGACAUGUAUGAUAAUAUUUGUUGUUGUCAUACAAGAAAGUGUGCCAUUUUCCUGUGUUUUACUCAUAAAACUUGCCUCCUCUCUUAACUUUUGGGAAGAUCAAUUCUUAAUGUACUAAGAAAUGAUUUAAUCAAUUUAUCUGCUACCAGUGUUCAUGUGAUUUA